CAGCCUGUUUGUGAUCCUCCAAGUAAUUGCGGGGUCUGUAAUAGGGGUCUCCAUGCCGUAAGAACCGCAUCAAGGACAAAUAAAGGAGGUGUCCUGUUACAGAUUCAGAUGUAUACAGAUUCUAAGGGAAAAUGUGCUCUUCACAUGAAGAUCAUGGACUCUGCAGUUGGUAGCGCCAGUCGUGCCUCCCUCAGCACAGAAUCUUCGAAGUUACUAGUAGGGUACAGCAUGCAAGAAUAUCAACAACUACAAGAACAAGAAAAAAACUUCUUCUUGGAACGACGAGGAAAAGAUGAUAUACAAAACCCGAGAAUAUGGCAGUUCCAAGGCUACACCUCCACGCUUGCUUGUUGUGAGCUUCGUCGUUUCACUCCUCUCACAUUCGUUGUUCUCUUGGCGUUUUUACCUCUAUCCGGAACAGGACAUUAUUCGCGGGACACCUGCAUUGGAGCAGCAGCAGCAUGUUGUGUUCCUCGUCGUCUUAAGGCCGCUUGAUGUUACAAUUAUUCGUCAGGCUUUAUCAUAUUAAGGCCCUAAUGUCCCUAAUGAAACGAGGCUUGUGGGGUCGACCCUAAUGAAUGUAUGAAGAUCCAUCUUCUGAAGAAGCAUCCCCGAUCUUCCCAAAUGGACUUUCGUCCUCAAGGAGAUGAAAAGUAGGGAAGCGCAAUGGCUCUCAACAAGAUGAUGGACGAUUAUACGGUGAGCUGCUCUAAUCGCCUUGCAGUGGAUAGCGACCUUAUUGGCUGCGCUGUCGCUGGUGUUGGGCUUUCACGUAGACUUAGCGCGAUACUCAGGAGUCUGCAGCGGCUUCGUUGCAGCAAUUUUGUUCCUGUCGUGGUUAGAGCUGAGCUCCCUUAGCUACGCCUACACCAUUGGCGAGCACCUUGUUAGGGGUGGCAAAUAUCUCUUCUUACUGUUAGUACCGGAAUCGUGGAGGCGGGUGAGCUCUGAUAGAAUAACAUCAACCUCAACCAGCUCUGAUAGAAUAAUAUCACCUCCUCCACCAACGACGUCUUCAAAUACAACAGCGCAACCAUCAGGAGGAGCAGCUGGAGAAGCAGACGCACACGCAUACAAUCACCUUAACAACAAUAGGUGGAAUAGCGAGGACUCACAAUCUAACCACGAUUUCCAACCCUGGAUGAAUACUAUUUCCUCAUGGUAUCUGAUUGCGGCUACAUGUGACGGUUUUAGUGCUUAUGCAGGCACACUGCUGUAUCGGACACAUAGAAACUUCGUGUUGCGCGCAUUUAUCAAAGAGCACACCUCUCCCUCACCUGAUGAAUAUGGGGCUGCGACUAGUACAGGUAGACUCUAAAUGCAUUUGCGCUACGACUACUUUAUUCUACUUGAUUUUGAUUGCUUUAUACUUAGAU